CAGCUUUCACGCCGUCCGGGAAGUGAGCAGUCCGAAUUUGAGUUCUCUCGGCCAUUUGACCACCAAUAUAUUUCAAUAUGCGCCGCUCUGUUCUGCGGGCCGUUGAGUCCGCAAAGCCUCUCGCUCGCGUGCCUCGCUCAGCAUCGAGAAGCUUCGCUACCGUCAAUGACGGCUCCAAGGACCCCGCCGAGCUAGAACAAAUCACAACUCUGCCAAACGGUAUCCGUGUCGCUACUGAAUCCCUGCCCGGGCCCUUUUCUGGUGUCGGAGUUUACGUCGAUGCCGGUUCUCGCUAUGAAGAUGAGAGUCUACGGGGUGUGAGCCACAUUAUGGAUCGACUGGCUUUCAAAUCAACCAAAAACCGUUCCAGCGAUGAAAUGCUCGAGGUUUUGGAGAGCCUGGGAGGAAACAUCCAGUGUGCUUCUUCCCGUGAGUCCUUGAUGUACCAGUCCGCCAGUUUUAACUCGGCUGUCCCGACGACCCUGGGGCUGUUGGCGGAAACUAUCCGGGAUCCGCUUAUCACCGAGGAGGAGGUUCUGCAGCAGUUGGCGACAGCCGAAUAUGAGAUUGGGGAGAUCUGGUCCAAGCCGGAGCUCAUCUUGCCCGAGCUGGUCCAUACGGCGGCUUACAAGGAUAACACAUUGGGAAACCCUCUGCUUUGCCCUCGAGAGAGACUAGGGGAAAUCAACAAAGCCGUUGUUGACAAAUACCGCGAGGUCUUAUUCAAUCCGGAGCGCAUGGUUGUUGCCUUUGCCGGUGUGCCGCACAACGUGGCAGUUAAGCUUACAGAGCAGUACUUUGGUGACAUGCGGACACACAAGCAGACAGGUGGCCCUGCUCUUUCCGGUGCGGGAAUUGAGACUACUCUAUCUCACUCGGAGUCGGCCGCUGAGGAAGGCCAGGUGCCAACCAUUCCCCAGUUCACGCCCUCGUCAACGGUAUCCACCACAGCAUCCUCUCCCAAGUCAGGGUUCCUUUCGAAAUUACCUUUCUUGAAGAAGCUUUCUACUGGAUCGCAGGGUGACUCCGUGUCGCCACUUGACCCAUCUUUGGUGCAGUCGUCGAGUUUGGACCUCACCCGGGCCUCCCACUACACUGGUGGUUUCCUGUCUCUUCCCCCGAUUCCUCCCCCGGCAAACCCCAUGCUGCCUCGACUAAGCCAUAUCCACCUUGCCUUCGAGGCACUUCCGAUCUCGAACCCUGAUAUCUACGCCUUGGCUACCCUCCAGACCCUGCUCGGAGGUGGCGGUUCCUUCUCGGCAGGCGGUCCCGGUAAGGGCAUGUAUUCGCGCCUCUACACCAACGUUCUGAACCAGCACGGUUGGGUUGAGAGCUGCAUCGCAUUCAACCACAGCUACACGGAUAGCGGAAUCUUCGGAAUCUCCGCUUCUUGCAGCCCGACGCGGACGGCCGAGAUGUUGGAGGUCAUGUGCCGCGAGUUCCAGGCUCUCACUCUCGAUACAGGAUACCAAGCCCUGCAGCCACAGGAGGUCAACCGUGCGAAGAACCAGCUUCGUUCAUCGCUCCUGAUGAACCUGGAGUCUCGUAUGGUCGAAUUGGAGGAUCUUGGACGUCAAGUUCAGGUCCACGGCCGCAAGGUUGGUGUGAAGGAGAUGUGCGCGCACAUUGAGGCUUUGACUGUGGAGGACCUGCGUCGGGUCGCCAGGCAGGUCUUUGGUGGUCUUGUCGAGAACAAGGGACAAGGCACCGGCAAGCCCACCGUUGUGCUGCAGGAAGGCGAGCUAGAAGGCUACAGGCUCCGCCCCUUCCCCUGGGAGGAGAUCCAAGAACGGAUCGCCAGAUGGAAGCUGGGAAGGAGAUAAUUUGCUAGACGAUUGAUGCAGAUAUGAUAGGGGUCCUGCAAAGCAGGUAUGCCCCGACAGCGUCCGAUCGGUGCUGUCCAGCGUUCUAUAUGUAUCGGAUAGAGAGGGAUGUAUCGGGUUCCGUUUUUCUUCACUCCAUGUAAUUAGAGAUAGCCAUGUAUACACUUAUGUACAAUAUAUAUCACCCCGAGUUGCGCUAUCUCAC